UCUUGUUUAUAAACACCUGUGUUAUUGUUUGAUAACAAAUCGUUCUCAAUAUCCGAAUGGCAGUGUGGCAGUUGUGGAGGGCGGUAUGAUCUCAGAAGUUUGACGUAAUUGUCGUCAUGUGUUACACAGUGAAACAGUGAAGAAGACAAUGAAUGGAAAUUUUUUGCCACAUUCUGAAGGCAAGCGAAAGAAGCGUCAUGACCAUAAGCAGUGUGUUUAUCUGGAAGAAUGGCUAGAGAAGUCUAGUCAACAAGUUCAUACGGCGAGGCCACAUUAUGGGGGCAGAGAUGAUGCCAGCCCUUCAGGUUACUGGCCACCACCACCAUCUUCUCGACGCCUAUUUGCUGCUCUCUCAGAUCCUGCCGUGUGUCGCUACUCUGCUGUCCCAAUGGGCUAUUCUCUGGAGCCUGUACUCUGUCAGGUUUACCAGCCACCACCUCCAUACCACCCAAUACAAGUGCAACACUGCAGCUACCCUGCCAGGUGCCAAAGACAACGUCCACGGAAGCAGAAUAUUGCAAGUCAAGCUAAAAUGCCAGCCACAGCUUCGCCAGCCGAUCCAGGACAAGAAUUUGCCAGUCUUCCACCGGCUGCACAAUCCAUGAAUGUUCCAGAGGCAACACAGCGGAGGUUCAGUGACCCUGGCCUUGGCCCUGCAGUUGCAAGCAGUGAAGAUGAGAGUGGCAGUGAAGAUGCUGGUGCUUCUGCUGUUAUUGGCCCCAGUGUUCCUGAGCAGAUUGCUUCUCUUCAUAACAUGAUGAAGACUAUGUCACGAGAGUUGCAGGAGCUACGCACAGAACUUGAAACUUUAAAGUUGCAGACUGCUACGUGGAGGAAUGUAUCUCGAAGUUAUGAACCAGGGAUGCUUUCAGAACUGGUUCGUGAGGUGCGUGAUGCUGCUAGAAUGCGAGAAGAUGCACUGAUGGCUAGAGUUUGUAACAUGCUGAGUGCCUCUGACAAACUGAAAUGGAGCAACUCUACUCCACAGCUCUCUGAUCCAGUGAAUGGCCCAUCUGCACCUUCAUCAAUGUCAGCUUGUUUAGGAAUUUCACAAGGUUCAAGGGAAAUUGAGGAACUGAAGGCUCAACUAAAGGAAGCUCUUGUGGAUAAAAAACACACAGAAGAAAGACUGUUGAAGGUUGAAGCUCAAUUACAAAACUUGCGGCUGAAAGAUAAUGUUUGUGACGAAACCCAAGUUGUCCUGGAAGGGAACACUGGAAUGGGUGAUAGUGGACGUGAUAGGGUCCUUAGGCAAGAACUACAGCAACUCAAAUGUGAUAAAUUCAAAUUAACAUGUGAACUUGAAGAAGCUUUGGCUACACGUAAAACUGCAGAAGAAAACGCUGAAAAAAUGGAACGACUUGUUGAUGUUCUUCGAAAGAAGAUAAACGGUGUAGUUCAAGAAGAGAAACAGCAACAAAUCUUGCAAGAAGUGACCCUAAUGGAACAGAGUCCAAGUUCCUUGGAGAAUACCAGUGAGUCACUUGUUAGUGUUGGAAGUAGCUCAACUGGUCGUUCUUCUUCUCUACAGUCACCACAGGUGACAAUGUCAGGUCCAGUAACUGAUCUGUAGCAAGAGAGUGCCUCCUUGCCAUUCCUAAUUUGGGGAAUCAUAGUACUCCUUCAGCUUGAGUCUCCAAGAUGUUGAAAUGUGGAAUUUGUUUAGCCAUACCAUGACUACAUCAAUAUUUUAUAUAAGCAUCAGACAUCUUAACAAGAAGGAUGAAGAUAUCUCAGGCUAUGUAUUACCUUUUUGCAGAAAAUCAGUGUACAUCCACCUCAAAUUUACAGGAGAGUGAAAUAAGAAAUCAGUAUUUUUGCUAAUUUGGAACAUGACAUCACAUUCUUAGAUAUUGACAUGAUUUACACAAGGUAUUAUAUUUUGAUAUGAUUUAGCAAAGACAGUGUUAUGAGCAGCAAUAAAUACUCAUAAUUUACAUCAUACAAGCGUAAAUGAAUACUAGAAAGUUUUUUGGUACAUACGGAGUGACACAUUUUGUGACUGUGUUAUAUAUUUAUAUGACUGUUUUUAUAGGGACAGUAAUUCAUAUAUUAAAUAAUAGAGAGAAACAGAAUUCAGAUAAAACAUUUUAUAAAGCCAUGUGAGUAUGAAAUGUGAACAUAUUCGUGUAAUUUGUCCCCGUCUGCUAUUUCAUUACUGGGUGUGCUAUGUACUCAAACACAAAAUACUCUUUUCCUUUUCUGAAACUAAUGUAUAUUUUGAAGUCUUUAUGUCAUAGCACUCAUCAGAUUUUAGUUCAUAUCAAAUAGCAAACUGAAGUUGGACAAAGAGAAAAAUUGUUUUAUACAAAUAUUUCACAUUGCAUAUUGACUCUACAUUAUUACAUUUUCUUCUAUGGGUUACACAUAGCCUUUUUAUUUGGUUUUGUUCAUAAUUCAGGUACCCAUAGCAAAAAUUAGUGUCUACUUCAAGUACACAAUGAACAGUUCACUGAUUACCGUACAGAUAAGAAGAGCUUACAAAUCCCAUUAUAUGUGUGUGAAUGCACUUCAAAGGUUUUCUCUUUCUUUUACUGUAUCUGUAGUUAUUAAGUGUUAACUUUGUGCCAAUUAGAGAGAUUUUUCUGCAAUUUAUAUAGGUGAAAACACAUUUUGCUCAUCAUUAUAUUUAAUUAAUAUAUUAUUUCAUAGUUAAAUUUUGUGCUCAUGAUGCUGUAUUACAACAUAUAAAUUGAGUUAUUUUGGAUAUAAGUAAUAUUAUCUCCUCCCUCUUUCUCCACUAGUCUGCCCCUCUCUUCCUCACAAAAAACACAUGUACAACUACUUUAUUUUAAUUAAACAAUACCGCUGCAGUCCCACAACAGUGAAUGUUGAAUGAGAUGGUUCUGAAUGUGAAGCUUCUGCAUACAGAUAUUUUUCUGACAAUUUAAGUUAAAUGUUUAAUGCCAUAUAAAGUAAUGAAAUACUUCCUAUUUGAAACCAAGAUGUUUAUUUCCUGUUGUUGCCCAAUGUUUGACAUUUCUUUUUUGCUUCAAUGGUAAAGAAUGGAAUUGUGUGUCAAGGACAUUGUACUAUUAUUGUAGCUGUGAUUUUUGCCCUGUUAUUAUGCUGAGCUAUCCUUGAAGGAAAUUUGCGGCAUCAUUGCUGCUAAUAAUGCCACAUUAACUAUAGGUGAUAUUUAUGUGUGGUAAUUAAUUGAUUAUAAAUUUGAACUUAUAAUUUUGCAGGUCUUAAUUUUUAUUUAUAAAUUUUUUGUCAUUGUGCCAUCAUACUAAUUGAGUACAUUUUGAAUUUUCACAAAUGUAAAUACUUACUACACUGUAGACCGAAAUGUAUGUUGCUAUUCUUCAUUUUAGGGACUGUAGUUUGAAGCACUAUUUUCGGUAAUAUUGAAAAAAUUAGCACAGGAUCAAAAUAUAUGUUUUUUAUGUGUAGUACAUAGUAAGUAUAAACGCAGAAAUUACCGCACUUACACAUAUGUGGUUUGAAGUGUAGGUUAUGUAUUUGAAAUUAUAUUGGAAUUCUAUUAUUUUAUAUUAAUGAUUUUUUGCUAAGCACAGUUAAUGCCAUAGCAAGUUAAGUUGCAAGCUAAGGAUUAUUUGAGAAAAUGCCACUAAUUUUGAAAUCUUUUGGUUGUAUGUUUAUGUAUCAAAAAUAUUUUCAAAGUUACAAGUGCCUUAUUACUUUAGAGAUGCAUCCAGCAAAACUUGAUGGCUCUAGUUACAUAUCAAGGAAAGCAAUAGUUGGAAUGUUUAUGUUUAAUGAAUUUAUGUAAUGUUUAUAUUAUUAUAAAAUGUAGAUUUUGUGAUAAAUCUCUAUUGAUAAAUGGGCUCUAGUUUGUUGUUAUGGAAAGGCCACAUAGCUAUUUAUACUGAUAGUAUGUUUACAACCUGUUAUACUGUCCAGAGCAAUCAAUGUUUUUGCAUGACUGAAUUAUUUACAUACAUUUCAUAAUGAGUCUUUGAUCCUUUGAUCAGCUUCUAAUAUAACUCCAAGAUUGUGAUAAGAGAAAGCUGUUCUCCCAAAAAACUGUUUGCUUUCCACUUGUGAGAAUAUAUGUGUUGAGUCAAGUGUAAUAUGAUAGAGAAAUAAAUGUUUUACAGAGCUUACACAGUUUCAGGCAGGACAGAUUACCAGUAGUCUUGAUGAGGUGAACAGAAGACAUGGAGAAAAUGAUAGCUAUUUUGAACAUCAAAUAAAUCAAUCUCUUUCAGAAAAUGGAAAGGCUGGUUUGUAUUUAAUUUUACAAAUUGUGUGUAGAUGGCAGUGUGCGUAACGACAUCAGAAUUCAGCACAGCAUAGGAAAAACCUUUGAUGAAAUGUUUCCAUAGUCUAAGAACAAUUCCUCUUGGAUGUAAUACAAUACUGGUACACCCUUUCUGUACUACAAAUUAGUAGCACAUUCUGAAUUUUGAAAUAAUAUCCAUAGUUACAGAAGGAAUAUGUUUAAAUAAAUGUUUGCCAAAAAUACUAUUUUCAUAUUAUAUUGAAAGAGAAUUUAGAAAAUAAUACCAUUAAUAAGAGAUUAUAAGGAUUUUCUAUAAGCUAGACAUUAUGAUGUAUUGGCUGUGUAAUUUAAAAUAAUGUACACAUAAUUAUUUUAAUAAUAAAAAUAACUCAUCAUGUGCGUGUUAUUUAAGAAUACAACACUUACCUAUCAUGACAGGACUACAUUGUGAUUUAUUAAUCCUUUCUCACUAAUUAAUUUAAGCAUUAAUUGAGACUGCAGUUACAUGCCUAGUGUCACAUUUAAGUUUAUUUAAGUUAAUGCCAGUAAUGCUGCCUUAUUGGCAAAGUUUAAUUGAUACAAACAAUUUAACUACUGGUAAUUUGUCUUGCCAUCCAGAUACACAUGCCAUCAAAUAAAUUAUGUUGGAAAAUGUGAUGGGAAUGAGUUACAUUUUUUGGGAAUAUUAUUUAUUACUGUUAUUGUUGACAGGUACUGUCCUAGGAAUUAUGUUAAUGUUUUAUGCUACUGAGAAAUGAUGGAGAUAUUUUCAGCAUUUUUCUUGAAAUUUGGCCUGGCACAAAUAUUUGCACAGUUUAUGUAGAAUGUUACCGAGUAAGCAAAUGAGGAUUGAAUUAUGAAGGACAUUAUUUUUUAUUCGAAUACCUUAAUUUGUUGAUAGCCAAUGACGCUGAAACCCGAUUUCAACUUGGAAUGGAGCCUUAAUUGUGAGUGGUUUCUUGUGUGUGCAUUAUGUAAGAAUCUGUUUGGUUUGAUCUUUUAAUUUGCCUAAUUGCUGUAGUUGGAAAGGAGCUGGAUAUAGCUCACAUCAGCAUUAGAAGGCAAUUGUACUUCAGAGUUUUAUGUUAGUGUUCCUAAAAUAACAUUUGUAAGUAGGAAAUGAAUGGUAUUGUCAUUAAAACAUGGACAAUUUUCAGCAAAAGCAUUAUGUUGUCUUUAUAGGCACUAAAAAGGAGUGUAGCACAGAUAAUAGAAAACAUAUUCCGUCCACUUAAAGUUACUAGUUUCUAUCCAUGUCAGAGUCUGAUUGCCGUGUGUGCUUUAAUGUAAAUUUCCAAAAAGUAAAGUUAUGUACAGAUUUGAAAUAUGUUUGUUACAGACUACAGUAUAAGAAAUAUAUGGAAAUAUAAAGUGUUGUGGCAGAUGAUACUUAUCCUCUGAUGGAUGUUAGUUUUCUUGCAGGCUGUGUAAAUGCCAUUUUGUGUGUCACAUUUUGCCUUACUACAACAGUCCACAAAAUUUUCUUUGAGGCUUUUCAUAAUUUAUGUUAGCCUUCAUUUUAACACAGCAUUUUUUUAAAUUAAUGUUGGGUUGUUCAAAUUCGUCUCUGCAUCUUGCUUGAAUUUUCUAAAAUGUUGUCAUUUCACAUCAACUAUUUGUUGUAGAUAAGCUGUUACAUUCGACAUUGAUAUACAGUGAUUUUGGUAUUGAAUGUGAAAAUUGGAACUGAAUGCUUUGUAGAUGAGAUGUGGAAGUCCAAUUUGCUUAAAUUACCUCAUAUAGUAAAUGUUGAAAAAUCGCAAGAGGAUGCCUUACAAUUGUUAGAUCAACUAAGUGUAAACAUUUGCUUCUUUAUAUGCAACAUUUACAUUCCUUAUCAAAUAAUGGUACAGGAAACACAGUGUGUGAGAAGUGAAGGGGAGGAAUCAAGACAUUAGAUAAUGACUUAGUAAUUAGUGCAUGAAAACAGACUAAUGCAUGGAAUACAUGCACUUUUGCCAAUGAAAAAAAAAAAUUGCAGUGGACAAAUCCAGAAUGAAGAACAGACAUCUAAUAUAGAGAAUGUA